UGUUCAUUCAAACAUCUCAUCUUGGCCUCUUCUUCAUAACAAUCCCUUAGUUAAAUUAUUUGUUUAUCAAGCAGAAUCUCAAAGCGACGCGACAGUGGGGCUGACAUUUUUUCUCCUACCAGAGAGAGAAAAAAAUUGCUGUGACUUGUAAAGGAGAAGCUGAAAGACUAGGGAAGGGGAAAGUAUUUGGUGGCUGUUUUUGUUAAUCAUGCUGGAGAUCUUCUAUUUCUAAAGCAAAUCAGAUCAGUUCAAGCCCUGUACUGCUCAAUUCAUAUCCAAUUGGAGAAUCAUGGUAGAAGAUAGUAUGAAGGGACGUCCUGGAGACUGUCAGUUGACUGAAGAUUGGUUGUUACAUGCACAUGAGCUGGUUCCACUGGCACUACAAAAGGCUAGGGAGGUCAAAGUGUUUCCCGGUAGAUGGAAGAUGAUUAUUAUCAAGAUGGAGCAGAUCCCAUCACGUUUAUCGGAUUUGUCUAGCCACCCCUUUUUCUCCAGGAAUGCUCUCUGUAAGGAGCAAUUGCAAGCUGUCUCGAAAACGUUGGAAGAAGUAAUUGAAUUGGCAGAUAUCUGCGUGCAGGAAAAAUACGAGGGGAAGCUUAGAAUGCAGAACGAUCUUGACUCUUUGUCUGGGAAGUUGGAUUUAAACUUGCGAGACUGUGGCCAUUUGAUCAAGACAGGAGUGCUAAGUGAAGCCACUUUGCCCCUAUCUGUAACUGGUACUUUGACUGAACCUGAGUCUACCGACCAUAAAAAUGUGAGGGAAUUGCUUGCCCGGCUUCAGAUUGGGCACUUGGAGGCCAAACACAGAGCUCUUGAUAGCCUUGUCAAGGUCAUGAAAGAGGAUGAAAAGACCGUCUUGGCCGUCUUAGGACGUAAUAACAUUUCUGCUCUAAUCCAGUUGCUUGCUGCAACAUCUCCCUUCAUUCGUGAGAAAGCAGCAAUGGCAAUUUGCUCAAUUGUGGAAUCACAGAAUUGUGAAAAAUGGCUAAUUUCGGAGGGUGUUCUGCCACCUCUCAUACGGCUUGUUGAGUCUGGCAGUGCUCUUUGUAAAGAAAAGGCUGCAAUUUCCCUCCAAAUGCUAUCAAUAUCAGCUGAAACUGCCCGUGAAAUUGUUGGCCAUGGAGGAGCUCAGCCACUGCUCGAGAUCUGCCGAACAAGCAAUUCUGUGGUGCAGGCGGCAGCUGCAUGCACUUUGAAGAACAUGUCAACCAUUCCUGAGGUUAGGCAAUCUCUAGCCGAAGAAGGAAUCAUUCCAGUAAUGAUAAAUCUCCUUGGGAGCGGAAUUCUCUUAGAAUCAAAAGCUUACGCAGCCGAGUGCUUGCAGAAUCUCACUGCAGGCAGUGAAAAUCUAAGGAACUCUGUGAUUUCAGAAGGUGGCAUACAAAGUCUAUUGGUUUACAUUGAUGGCACACUCGCCCAGGAAUCAGCUAUUGGAGCAGUGAGAAAUCUACUCAGCUUAGUUCCGACCGAAGCUGUAACAUCUCUUGGUGUUCUUCCGUGUUUACUGCGUGUACUUAGAGGAGGAUUGUUAGGUGCUCAGCAGGCAGCUGCAUCAGCAAUCUGCGUGGUUAGCAGCUCACCGGAGAUGAAAAAGAUAAUCGGGGAAGCGGGGUUCAUUCCUCCACUAGUUAAGCUGCUUGAGGCGAAGUCAAACAGUGUCCGGGAAGUGGCGGCGCAAGCAAUCGCAAGCUUGAUGACACUGUCCCAAAAUUGCAAUGAUGUGAAGAAGGAUGAGAACAGUGUUCCAAAUCUUGUAAUGUUGCUUGACUCAAGUCCUCAUAACACAGCAAAGAAAUAUGCAGUUGCCUGUCUUGUAAAUCUUGCUUUGAGCAAGAAAUGCAAGAAGCUGAUGAUUUCACAUGGAGCAAUUGGGUAUCUCAAGAAACUUGUAGAAAUGGAGGUUCCUAGUGCUAAGAAGCUAUUAGAGAGAUUGGAAAGAGGGAACUUGAGUAUUUUCAGCAGGAAAUAAACAAAAAGCGGAGGCGUUACGUCAUAUGCUCUAGAUCAAAUGCUCAAGUUAUUUUUGUUGAUCUUCACUGUUCUAAUCGUUGCGGAAUGUAUAUAUUCGAGUAUGAUCGAAAAGAGCAAACCGGUUUCCUUGUUUUUGAGGAUCUGACUGAACAAUUGGCAUCAAGAACCCUCUUAUCUCUUCUCUAUUUUCUGUUGGUACAUUUUGUGAUGAAUUUCAAGAACAAACUCUGGAUUUCUAUCUGUAUUUAUUUGGAUCCAAUAAAUUAUAUUAGAAAUGCUCUUUCUGAGGAA